GGGGAAGCUGUGUGCGUCGGCGACGUGGAGGCGAGCGGGACAAAAGGCAGCAACGAGAGUUCUAUCAAUCAGAAGCGAAGGGAAGAUUGUGUGAUUCGAGGUCCGGUUGAAGUGGCUCAAUUCUCGGUCUCCGCCCGACUCCGACACUCCUGCCAGUCACGGCAGAUCAGCUCGUCAACUGGCUCGUCAGUCGACUCGAUGUCGCGCAGCCUGCAUGCUCGAUGGCCAGCUUCCGAAUUCCACUUAAGCCAGCCGGCGCCCAGCGAGGCAAGCGAGGCCAGCGAGGCAGGCCUUUUCAUCAUGCCCACCUCCAAGUGCUCUACUCGACGCGCCAAGGUCGGUGUCUUUAGGAAGGAUCGGUUCUCAGAGCCGAUUCUUUCAUGA